AAGCCGAUUCGGACGUAAUAUUAACCAAUGGUACAAGUACGAUUGAUGUUAAUAUGACACCUCAGCGAAUCCAAAGAUAUUUUGAAAACGUGCCCUUGCUCAUGGAAAUAUGGCAAAAUAAUGAGCAAAAAAAUUUUCAAGUCGGAGUAGCCACGUUGCGUCUAGAGGAGGUCUUUUUAUCUCAAAAUACCGUAGAUGAAGUGACCAAAGCAGACAUCAAGACAUUCACUACAUUAGCCCCUAUAAAAUCUGUUGGAUUGGCUACAUCACGCGAAAUGGGUCACGUAAGUGUCUCGGUAAGGCUUGAAGAUUAUGGGGAAAUUGAGUCUGAAGGAAGGAGUAAACAUCGGUCCACAUUAACAAAGUCACACAGUACCGCCGAUCUUCUCGAUGUUUCCAAUGAUUUACAUUCAUCCGCGGAUGAAUCCACGACAGUAGAAUCUGAUCGGUCUUCGCAACAUACGAAAGUUUCAAACAAGAAAAAAGUUGAAGGAGAUGAUUGUGAGCAGCCUUUGUCGAAAUUUCGCACGGACCUGUUUCAGCAAGUAGGCGAAAACAUGAAAUUAAUGCGAGAUGUGCUUGCCUCUAGUAAAAAAAAUACCAAAGGCCAAAGUUUUAGCAAAUCCAAAGUUCAGCAAAUGAGGACAAUAGAUCGACAACUGCAGCAGUCAAUUCUUUACUUUCAAACAAGGGACGAAAGUUUAUUGCGAGCAGAAAAAGAUUUUCAGAGACGUUGGCUAGAAUUAGAUCGACAACACGAGAAAAGAAGAAGGGAAACGAUAUCUCGUUUGGAAGCUGAAUAUGCACAAAAAGAAAAGAAUUUAAUGCAAAACAAUCCAAUUAAUGAUACAAUAAAAGGUUUACAAGCUGAAGUGAAUAGUUUGAAAGCUCAACUCGAUUCCACCACAAGGGCGCAACGACACUACGAAUCGCAAUGGCUAAGAGCAUUGCAGGUUUUGGCAAACACACAUGAUACGGAAAGCGAAGAAGCUACAAUUUGGAAAGGUUUACGCGAGAUGGAUCAGUGUUGGUGGCAGGUUAGAAGGAUGGCUGAAGAAGAGAUGGAGGUGCUGAGUUACGAAAGACUUGA